CCGUAUCCCACACUGCUCCGGGACAGGAAGGUGAAGCUUGUGGCUUCCGGAAUCUCACCGGCUGAUGUGGGCUGUUUCUUUGUCUGAUUCGUGGCUGUUUAGUGUCUUUGGUUGUUAUGGCCGCUGCCGUCGCUAUGGAGACUGAUGAUGCUGGAAAUCGACUUCGGUUUCAGCUGGAGUUGGAAUUUGUGCAGUGUUUAGCCAACCCAAAUUACCUUAAUUUUCUUGCCCAAAGAGGUUACUUCAAAGACAAAGCUUUUGUUAAUUAUCUUAAGUACUUGCUUUACUGGAAAGAACCAGAGUAUGCCAAGUAUCUAAAGUACCCUCAGUGCUUACACAUGUUAGAAUUGCUCCAAUAUGAACACUUCCGCAAGGAGUUGGUGAAUGCUCAGUGUGCGAAAUUUAUCGAUGAACAGCAAAUUCUGCACUGGCAGCACUAUUCCCGGAAGCGGAUGCGCCUUCAACAAGCCCUGGCAGAGCAGCAACAGCAAAAUAACACAUCAGGAAAAUGACAAGCUGGAUACAGACCAGGCUCUUAAGACAUGUAUAUAUUUCUUUUGUACCAAUGAAGACAAAAAAGACUCUUUCUACCUGCCUUUAUUGUGAUAGCACCUAGAGCCUUUAGUGUGCUAUUUAAUCCAACUAACUUUUAUUGUUAAUAGAUUAUUUCUGUUAAACUGGAAUUGUUCUACUUUGAUUUCCCUGUGGGUUUUGUAAAUUUUUACUAGUAUUUGAUCAGCUGAUUAAAAACUGAAAUGUUA